AUGGCGCGCAUCAGUCCCGAGCUCCUCGCGCGUAUCAUGAUAGAGAUCGGGGUGCUACCAGAUCUGGGGGGCGAGUGCACGGCGUGCCAGUGCGGCACAAUGGAGUUGAAGCUUCGGGGCGGCCAGUCGGACAAGGACAUCCAGGGUGGGGAGGGGGAGCCCAUGGGUGCGCGUUGUACGGGCAUGGGCGUGCGUUGUUCGCCCAUCAAGAGGCGCGAGUCGAACCUCGACCCGAAGGGCCCUCUGAAGGAGUUGUUCAACAAGGGCUCCGUGAACACCACCCGCACCCUCCUCGCCAUCGCCCAUGCAGCAACCCAGCAUGCCUCGGGCUACGAGUCGUCGGACGAAAUGGCUGUGCAGGUGGGGAUAUCGAAGAAUGCAGCCCAGCGCAUCACUAGUGUCGUGCGGUCCAUCUGCGCCCGCGUUGCCAAGGCUGAGCAGGACGACUUUGUGUGGCCUCGCGGGUGCCUCGUUGAGGCCGACGAGGCGUCAAUGCGCGCUUGCCGCGUGACUUGCCCGCGAGAUUGUUGUGAUACGACGUGCGGCGAGCACCCUUUUGGGCGUUACCGCAUAUUACAUCACCGAUUCAUGUGCGUGUGUCCUCGGGGACAGCGCCAACUGGCGAUGUUUUUCGAGCUGCCCCAGCGGACCUGCGCCGCUGGGGGAAGCGGCGUUUCACUCAGUGGGCCCGAGUGCGACGAGAUCCUCUCUUGGGUUCUCGUGCCUGGCAAUUUCACGCUUUUGACGGAUGGCGCGGGCGCGUACCAGUCCGUAGCACCGAAAAGCCGUGCUGCUUACAGCGACAAGAGCAAAGACCCUCCUCGUUUCAAUGCUGACCGCUUCAAGCUGCAUUAUAAGCAUCUGAAGCUAUCGCACGGCAUAGUUUCUCACGAUGCAGAACAGUGGGCCGUCGUCGACCGCGUGCGCGUCGUGCGCCCGAACGGGCGCACCGAGACUCUUCAUUUGAAAAAAGGCACGCAGUGUUGCGAUGGCCUCUGGCCUGAGAUGCGCGACAGCAUCCCAGACAGCGUCCACACUUCAGACUGGGAGCGUUGCCGCUCGUACUUGUGGGCUUGGGUGUGGCGCAUGCGGAGGUCAGGCAACGACCUGCUCCAGGAGUUUGGCCAGUCUGUUCGCAGGGAGAGAGGCUGCAUGCAUUAA